GCACGAGACCCGGAGGGACUCCGAGCUGAAGGGCCUUCCCGGCGGCAAACGGGAAUUCUUGCUGGAAGGGCUUAAACAAAAGUGAAGAGGACGAAGAAAAAGCAGAUGUUUGAUGUUCAGUCCGCUUAGUGCCACAAGAGGAACCUGUCAGCAAUGGGCAGCUAAGUGAUGAGCAUCCUGAACAUGCUUGGGAGCAAGCGUUUAUUCUGCAAUGAAUGUCCUUUGCUUGGGUUUUAAGGAAGCCGUUCUGCAGCAUCUCUUCAGAUAAGACCAACAAACACAGAGUGGUUUGGCAGUCACCCAAAAUGGAGCACACUCAAAGAAAAGACAGAUGUAUACUUGGAGUGUUGCUCCUUGCUGAUAUGCAUGGCAGCUGCCUGUUUCACGCUUUACCCUUUGACUGCCAGCUAUGAUGUCAGAUUGAGUUGCACCUGAUUAAGCAAUUGCUCUUCACUUCCUGUUUGACACUUCCACACCCAGGGGACAGCCUCUGAAAAACUCCACCUAAGAGAUUUUUCAUUUUAAAACUUAAGAAAAAAGACUGGAGAAUUAUGAAAAUCACGUUUUUCUUUGCUGCAUUGUCCUCGCUGGAUUUCUUCACUUUUUUUCACGCUUAUCUGCAAUAUCCCUUGCCUGACAUAGAAAAUGCAAAGUUCAUUGAAGAUUGUGUGAGAGCUCACAACACAUUUCGAUCCAAAGUGAAUCCACCAGCCAGCAAUAUGUUUCGCAUGUCCUGGGAUGCUGCUUUAGCUAAGACUGCCAAAGCAUGGGCAAAGAAAUGCAAGUUUAACCACAAUACCUACCUUGAAAUACCAGGAAAAAUGCACCCCACCUUCCCACUUGUUGGAGAAAACAUCUGGACUGGCACAGCCCGCAUCUUCUCUGUGGAUGCAGCUCUCAGGUCCUGGUUUAAUGAAGCCAGCAGCUAUGAUUGCAGCACCAAUACAUGUAAUGACAAGUGUGGUCACUACACUCAGGUCGUCUGGGCAGAGAGUUACAAAGUCGGCUGUGCAGUUCACUUCUGCAAUACAGUUGAAAAUUUUCCAGGACUGUUCAAAGCAGCACAUUUUGUUUGUAAUUAUGGGCCAGUGGGGAAUUACCCAAGAAAACCAUAUAAAGAAGGGCAGCCAUGCAGUAGAUGCAGUAAUGAGAAGUGUGUAGACAAGCUCUGUGAAAAUACAAAACGUGAGAAGCUGAUAAGUUAUGCCAACUGGUAUCCAGACUGGGAUACAGAGCCCCAGCCACCGCGGCCCCGUCCCCCCAGGCCUCCUGUGCCAUCAUACGUCCCACCUGCUGAGCAUCUGCGACCCUUUUGUGACCAAUACUGUCUUAGUGUUUUAAUUUUAAGGCCACUGUUUCUUGUAUUGAGUGCUGGUGCUGUAUUUCUGGUACAACAGCAUUUUCCAUACACUUUUUUUUAAUCAGUAAUGGUCAAUUAAGACACUGAUUGUGACCCUACUUCUGUAUUAAUCUCACACAAGUGGCACACAUUUAAAACAAAACAAAACAAACAAACAAACAAACAAAAUUUGGUCAUCUCUCAUUAUCCCUGCAAUGUUUAUCUAACCAGUGUUUAUCUAUAGAGAAUGCUGCUUCUUCACUCAAGGCAAGAUAUAAGUGGCUGUGCAUAGAGGUAGUAUAAUUUAUUGGCAGUACUGCAACAUACUCCUAUGUCUGUAUGAGCCUCUUAGCUCUAGCCGUAGUUUGCUAGAGGGACCACAGAGACUAGAUAUUACUCCAUGUGCUAACAAUCCUGGAAGCCUGGGGCAUCACAAAGAUGUCUGAAGUGGCACACUGUAUCCAAAAGAAGCAAUAAUUCAUCUUCAUUAACCUUCAGUUAUCCCAGACACAAUUUUCCCCAGAUAACAGAAAUUUAGCUGUAUAUAUUACUUUUUAUGAACAGGAGUAAAGCUUCCCUUUGCUAUAUUUAGUCUAUGUGUGUCAGUGUCCGUUACUCUAUUGUCAGUUGUACUAUUCAGUUCUUCUCUCAGAGUUAAUCCUUGGUCUCCCUAAGUAAAAGAAUACUAGGGAAAGCUGACAGAGUAAGGAUUAAGGUGGGGUGUCAAUGAGGGAAGGUUAAUUUUAGGAUGUGAGAUGGUGAAAAUAUCUAAAAUUCAGAUGGCUGUUGGAGGUUAAGUUUUCCUGUGGAAUUUUUCCCCCCAUAAAUUGCUAGGAGACUAAAUACUGAUAGUUAAAGGGUGCUUAACCCGGACAAAAGGUGUGGAUCACUUAGUUUAGGGGGAGGAAAAAGGCUCCCAGGAACUGAGGGUGGGGGUUCUUUUUUCUGCUCUCGUUUUUUUCCAGGGAGGACGGUCGAGUGACUGGUAGCUGCAUGGAUUCUACGGUUAAUGGAGGGGUUCGGUCCUGAGAAUUCUAUGAUCUGUUGGAGCACCCAGGAAUUCGGAGUUUUUUCGCCGCCCUGCUGGAUUUUGGGUCAGCCCAGGUCCAGCCGCCGUGGCUUCUCCAGCACUGCUCACUUCAUCUGCCAGGGCACCCCCCUGUCUGCCGGGACAACCCACCGUUUCCAGCCAUCAGUCCUGAGUUUCCACUGUUUUGGCUUGGUGCUCUUGGGGUCCCAAGAGAUCAGACUGCCUGGGACUUGUGAGACAAAGCCCCUCGGGGUUCUUGGUUCUGUUUAUUAUUAUUAUAAUUGCUGUUGUUGUUUGU